AUGGCGAUUAAAACACUGGGAGCCAAAGCUGCUGCUGCUCUUGAUCAAGAGCUUAUGAGCACUGGUGCAUUCUCACUUGAUCAGCUCAUGGAGCUCGCUGGUCUUGCUGUUUCUCAAGCCGUGUACCGCCUCCAACCCCUUGAAAACGGCCGCAGAAUCCUCGUUGCUUGUGGACCUGGAAACAACGGCGGUGAUGGACUGGUGGCUGCCCGCCAUCUCCGACAGUACGGUUACAGCCCGACUGUGUUCUACCCCAAAAGAAGCAAGAACGACCUAUAUCAAAGACUUGCCAAACAACUCGAAGACCUCGAGAUCCCUUUCAUCGACGAUUUUCCCCUGGCGCUGAAAUCGACAGAUCAUGUUGUCGAUGCGAUUUUCGGAUUUAGUUUCUCAGGAGAAGUUCGAGAGCCAUUUCCUGUAGUGAUUCAAGCACUGCAAGACACUAAAUUGCCGGUCACAUCGGUUGAUGCUCCAUCGUCAUGGGAUAUCGAAGAUGGUCCACCAAAGUCUGGGCUCGGUAGCUCCUUCAUGCCUACGGCACUCAUUAGCUUGACAGCGCCAAAGCCACUAGUGAAGCACUUCAAAGGCCGACACUUUAUUGGAGGACGAUUUGUAACUCCGUCCAUUGCCAAGAAAUUUGACUUUGAAGUUCCGGAGUACAAAGGUAUCGAUCAGGUUGUUGAGGUUGAAGUAUCCGAGCAGAAGCUCUAA